UCCCACAGCAGGUAGCAGCAAAAGGCGUGGUGGCUGCGUUAGUGGAGUGAGACAGUUGCCAACAGCUGGUUCAGCUGCUGCCCUGAGCACCGGGACCGGCAGCCCAGGUACUGCCCCUUCCCGGUGACGUCUCUGCAGAGGGUUAUAAAAACCUUGCGCGCAGCCUACCGAGGUUCUGCUAACUCCCGAGCUGAGCAGGACCCGAGCCAAAGAGGCUCCUGAGAAGCUGCAGACCGCGGCGGCGGCGGCGGCAGCAGCAGCUGCAACAGAGCGAAAGCAAAGGAAAAAAUCUCCAGCCAGAUACGGGGCCCCAGAAUCCUGGCUAUAGACUCAGAACUUUUACAGGUCGCGUGGUGACGAACACACCCUUUUGCCCCCAGUCCUCCUGCAGAACAGGUUUUUUUUGUUUGUUUUUUGUUUUUUUGUUUUUUUGUUUUUUUUUUUUUGCAUUUCCAGCUGCAAGCAGGGGGAAUAGGAGUUGCAAAUAGCAGCAGGUGCAAAAAGGCGAGGGUCUCCUGCUUCCUGGAAGCGUGACCCCUGGGAUUUCCUUCUUUUUCCUAGUCCCACGCAGGAGAGACGCUGUCUCCGGAUUUCUGAACUCAAAUGCUUCCUGAAGCUUGAAAGUGGAGGAAUUCAGAGCCACGAGGAGCAGACAGCGCAUCUAGAAGCGUUUUAUCUUCUGAGAGCCAACUCUUCUGCUUGGAAGGAAAGAGUUCUGCCCAGAAAGAGCCUGCAGCCCUCCUGUCUUGGAUAAGCAGGACCCUGACCCCAGGCGUCAGCCUCAGGGCCUGCUGCAAAGGCAGGGUGUGUGCAGAGAAGAGGGCUUAACCGCCUAGCAGAGGAAUGGAUAACAUCCUCCAGGUUGACUCAGACCUCUUCCCAAACAUCUCCACCAACACCUCGGAGCCCAACCAGUUCGUGCAGCCGGCGUGGCAAAUUGUCCUUUGGGCAGCUGCCUAUACGGUCAUCGUGGUGACCUCCGUCGUGGGCAACGUGGUGGUGAUGUGGAUCAUCCUGGCCCACAAACGAAUGAGGACAGUGACGAACUAUUUCCUGGUGAACCUGGCUUUUGCAGAGGCAUCCAUGGCUGCGUUCAACACGGUGGUGAACUUCACCUAUGCUGUCCACAACGAAUGGUACUACGGCCUGUUCUACUGCAAGUUCCACAACUUCUUCCCCAUCGCCGCUGUCUUCGCCAGCAUCUAUUCCAUGACUGCUGUGGCCUUCGAUAGGUACAUGGCCAUCAUCCAUCCCCUCCAGCCCCGGUUGUCAGCCACGGCCACCAAGGUGGUCAUCUGUGUCAUCUGGGUCCUGGCUCUCCUGCUGGCCUUCCCCCAGGGCUACUAUUCGACCACGGAGACCAUGCCCAACAGAGUGGUGUGCAUGAUUGAAUGGCCAGAGCAUCCCAACAAGAUUUAUGAGAAAGUGUACCACAUCUGCGUAACUGUGCUGAUCUACUUCCUCCCCUUGCUGGUGAUUGGCUAUGCGUACACUGUUGUGGGAAUCACACUGUGGGCCAGCGAGAUCCCUGGGGACUCCUCUGACCGUUACCAUGAGCAGGUCUCUGCCAAGCGCAAGGUGGUCAAGAUGAUGAUCGUCGUGGUGUGCACCUUUGCCAUCUGCUGGCUGCCAUUCCACAUCUUCUUCCUCUUGCCCUACAUCAACCCUGAUCUCUACCUUGAGAAGUUUAUUCAGCAGGUCUACCUGGCCAUCAUGUGGCUGGCCAUGAGCUCCACCAUGUACAAUCCUAUCAUCUACUGCUGCCUCAAUGACAGAUUCCGCCUGGGCUUCAAGCAUGCCUUCCGGUGCUGCCCCUUUAUCAGUGCCAGCGACUACGAGGGGCUCGAAAUGAAAUCCACCCGGUACCUCCAAACCCAGGGCAGCGUGUAUAAAGUCAGCCGCCUGGAGACCACCAUCUCCACGGUGGUGGGGGUCCACGAGGAGGAGCUGGAGGAUGGUCCCAAGACCACACCCUCGUCCCUGGAUCUGACCUCCAAUGGCUCCUCUCGCAGCAACUCCAAGACCAUGACAGAGAGCUUCAGCUUCUACUCCAACAUGCUCUCCUAGACCGCAGGUCUUCAGCAGGGGCAGCCACCACCAUUUUUGUCUUGCUUCACUUCAUGCAUGGAUAAUGCCUUGAUCUAGAAACCAUCAGAAAUUCCCUAACACUGGGGUUUGUGAAAAAGUUCAGAAUUUUUUAGGGAAAACAUCCAAUCCUGAGUUUAAAAAAAAAUCUGGAUUCUUCUAUGACUUUGAUAUCCCCCAUGCUGUGUGACCCAAGGCAAAUUGCUGAACUUCUCUGAGCUUGUAAAAUGGCAAGGUUGGACUUGAUUUCCCCUAAAUCUCUUCCAUGAUUCUAAAAUUAACUUUGGUUAUAUGUGGGGGCUCAUUUAGGGAUGAAUCCUGCAGCACCUGGAUUUGCCUGGAGCCUCCAUGAACUUCAGUGAAGUUGUCCACAGUCGUGCUCACAUUAUUCUCCUUUAGCUGGUGGAGCACAUCACAUCAACCUUCACUCAUCAGGGUAAACAAAAGAAGGAACCACAUAAAAUCCAAAGGAAAGGUUUAACUCUGUCUUCUAAGCAUCCAUGAAAAGGAAGCAUGGAUGCCUUCCUUUAGAGACCUCAAUAUUUUAGUGCAUUGACACCUCUUGAGAUUGAGAGCCUCAGGUCCAUGUGGAUUAUAUCCCCAGGGACUGUCCUGAACAACCAGUAUGGCAAAAUAGGUCCAGUGAUGCCAGCUAAUGUCUGCUACAGACCAAGAGUCAGCAGGCCUGUGCCAUACUUAAUCUAUCUGAGCCUCUCUUUCCUUAUUUGUAAAAUAUGGGGCUGAGCUAGAUAACCUAAGUACUCCUUUUAACAUUCAGUGGUUCAAGGAUUGUAUGAGUUUUUUGUUAGUUUUAUCAAUUGGUAAUCUCAAAAAGAAUAAGAACAGCAAGUCUAGUGACUUAGUACCCUGUUUCUGUAGAGUAGCAACUGCUACAACGUGUCAAUAUCCAUAUCAAACAUGCUCGGAUUUAUCCUAAAACCACGAGUAUUUUCCUUCUUCUGGAACGUUUUGGUCUUUGACAGAGCAGAGGACUUCAUGUCAAAGUUUGCAUCUCUCCAUCAAGUGUUAGCAGGCCAAGUUCCACAGGUGGAGAUGCCAUCAAGGAAGAUAAACAUGUGGCCUCCCUGCUCUGGCCUUUUGGGGUAUCUUAGGGCAGGGGCACUAAUGCAGUCUUAGCUUUAUUCUAUUAUUCUAGCUUUAUUCUAAGAUGUCCAGUGAGCAAGGAGGCUGGACCCUGCAGCUCCACUUGUGGGAAGAGGCCACCUUAUAUCUUCCCUUCAGAUUCUCUGAAUCUCCCUUCCUGCCCCCAUGGCUUAACUGGCCUCCUGUCUGAAAGGGGUGGGAAGACCCACCAACCCCACAGGACAGUCAGUCUACCAAGAGCCAUGAAUUUAAUCCUUCAUGUCUCAGCAAAGCUUUGAGGUUUCCAGUAGGUGAGCACACAAUUUCUUGAUGUCUCCCAGAUUUGUGCUUUGUCCAGAUGUGGCUAUAAGCAGAAGUCUCAUGUAACGUCCAUGAAUGUCUUCCUUGUGGUUUGAAGAAUGGAUGCACAUGUGCUGCAUUUGUGGUGUUGACAGAGACCAAUGCUGCCCACAGGCUCUCUAGCCUUUACUAGCCAUGAGGGCUAUAACCCUACCAGGGCAUUAGCAGCCCUGAGAAAGUUGUAUAGCAACAGUAUACGCCAAAAUAACCCAAUAGCCACAUUCUGCAGAGCAGCAUGGGAAGGAUUAAAUAAAUUAAAUAAAGUUAUUUCAGUGUAGACAUAUGGAUGAAAGACAUAAUUUAGGGGCAAAAAAAAAAAUCAAUGCCCAAAGCAUUAAUCAUACUUCCAAUAAAAACUGUACCAUGUUAUUCAUUCCAGAGGGGUAUAUAAGGAACCAGAAUGAUUAUAAAAAAUACCCAAGAAGAAAAGUGUCUAGGAGUUGGGAACAUCCUCUCUGUUGAAGAGGUUAGAGUUGAAUUCAACAAUUUGUUGAGUACCUGCUCUGUGCUUAGCCCUGAGCUGGGGACACAAAGCUCCUCCACUCUGGAGGAACCUACCAGACUGGUUUGUGGCUAGCUCACCUGUCCUAAUGGGUCAAGACUACCCAUCAGGCAUGGAGGCAGCUGAGAAGCACAUUCUCCCCAGGAUUUUAAAGACCUACCCUCAACAGGGGUAAUCAAGCCAAAACCUAGCACCUUCAGAGAGACUUUUGCAAUGAGUUCUCUGAGAUCAUUGCAAAGGGAGCCACCAAGGGAACUGAAGGGAUGUGGUUGGACAGCAUCAACACCACAGAGAGAAGAGAGAAUAUUGGAUGGUCCUGGCUAGUUCAACUAUGGCAGAACAUCCUACUGAGAGAGCCCAGCAAGCCUUCCUCUAACCUAUUCUCCAGUGAACUUAUUAAAAUGUUGUCAGCUCCCAUGUGUGAGAAACACCAUGAUUUGCACUGUGCAUGGGUCUCAUUUUUAUAGAAAUGUGUCACCCUGUGUUUAUCUCCUGAGUGUUUUUCCUUGGUAUAGUGUUCAGUAGUAAAAGAAUAUAAGAUAUCAUGGGGCCAUCUUUAUUAUGUUACUUCCAAAAAGUGGGAUCCAGUUGCUGUCAAUGUGUUAUUUGUACUGUGCCAAUCCUCCUCCUCUUCAUUUCGUCACAGAAAGGAGCUGAGACAUAUAUCACAAACUCAGUCAAAUCAUAGUAUUUGAGGGGUGGGUGAGAGACCUUUCUGGGAGGAACUGAAGGACAGGAAUCCUUGUCCUCCCCACUCCCACCAGAAUUUGAAGACACACUGGAAUGUCCUUUCUCUUGGAAGGACUAAGAGUUCUCCUGGAAAAAGGGGACUCAGGAGCUGACCUCAUUGACCUGGUUUUCAAGAAGAGUCUAUAAGUGGACAGGGGUCAUUCCUGAGGUUUCUGUUAUCCAGCCUGGGAUCCUGGAAAGAAUCUCCAUACAGAAAUAAAGUGUGUGUUUGACCAUC